AUCAUUACUGCGUGUCGUCAGAACAAGAAGGACCCCUGAAUGCUCUAAAAUCAGAACGCGGGCUAAUGUAAACUUCGAAAACAGAGUAUUUAUUACAAAAGUUUCCCUGCGAAUAAAAGUCUUACUGGGAGAUCUCGAAACACAUGCGGACUAAACGUUGUGUCGCUACAGUCUCACGACAGAGGAGUGAAGUUUGUCUUCUGAGCUGGUAAAAAACUAGCUGGCUAAUUUAGCUAGCCAACAGCUAAUGCUGCUACAGCUGCGCAGUUUCGUUUCACAGAAAACACCGAAAACAUCCACAGUGACACUAACCAGCCAAACGAGUUUACUUUAGCUGUGAUAUACUGCAAAGGCAUAUAUCUUGGAGAGUGGCAUGGGCCGACUUUGCCAAAGUUUGAUAGCUGACUGCUGCUAACUACAACAUAACCGCAGAGCCACGAUGAAGAGAAGAAUCGAAGCGCCGUCUGCACCACCGCAGGCAGCAAAAAGGCUUCAUGAGGAGAGUAGCUCAGAUGAAGAGUCACAAUUAUCCAGACAAGACUCGAGCCAAAAUGAGUCCCUCAGUGACCCGGAGGAUCACAGACCGGGAUUCUCCAUGUCCUCCAGAUCAUCUUUUGAUGACCAAGAUGGCACACAGUCCGCCUCCAGUUUCACUAUGUACAACAGUGUGUCACAGAAACUCAUGGCCAAGAUGGGCUUCCGGGAGGGUGAAGGUCUGGGUAAGUUUGGGCAGGGACGCAAAGAGAUUGUGGAGGCCUCCACUCAGCGAGGGAGAAGGGGUCUUGGUCUCACGCUGCAGGGCUUUCAAGGGGAGCUCAAUGUCGACUGGCGCGAUGAACCAGAGCCCAGUGCUAUAGAAAAAGUAGACUGGUUCCCAGAAUGUACCACAGAGAACCCAGAUUCAGAUGAGCUGAGGGACUGGAUGGUUCUGGGACGGAGAAAACUUAAGAUCGAGGAUGAGACAGAGUUUUGCACUGAAGACCUCCUGCACACUCUUCUAAGGUGCAAGACGGUGUUUGAUAACCUGGAGGGCGAGGAGAUGAGGAGAUCACGAACACGCUCUAAUCCUUAUGAGAUGAUCAGAGGAGGUAUCUUCCUUAACAGAGCUGCUAUGAAAAUGGCCAACAUUGACCACUGCUUCGACAAUAUGUUCACCAACCCAAAGGAUGCGCAAGGGAAACCUCUGACAAAGGACCGCGAGGGCGAGCUUCUGUACUUCGGCGACGUCUGUGCGGGGCCUGGAGGCUUUUCGGAGUACAUACUGUGGAAGAGGCGUUGGCAUGCCAAGGGCUUUGGCAUGACACUGAAAGGACCCUGUGACUUCAAGCUGGAAGAUUUUUAUGCUGCACCGAGUGAACUGUUCGAGCCUUACUAUGGUGAGGGAGGAGUGGACGGGGAUGGCGACAUCACAAAGCCAGAAAACAUAACUGCCUUCCGAAACUUUGUCCUGGAAAAUACAGAGAGAAAAGGGAUGCACUUCCUCAUGGCAGAUGGGGGUUUUUCUGUGGAAGGCCAGGAAAACAUCCAGGAGAUCCUGAGUAAACAGCUGCUGCUCUGUCAGUUCCUCACAGCCCUCUCUACACUCAGGACAGGUGGUCACUUUGUCUGUAAGACGUUUGACCUCUUCACUCCCUUCAGUGUGGGUUUGGUCUACCUGCUCUACCUCUGCUUCGAGAGGAUCUCUCUCUUCAAACCUGUCACCAGCAGGCCUGCCAACUCUGAGAGGUAUAUAGUUUGUCGUGGUCUGAAGCCCGGGUCGGAUGCCGUCAGGGAGUACAUGUUCAGAAUCAACCUGAAAUUGAACCAGCUGAGGAACACGGACAUGGACGUCACAGAGGUGGUUCCUUUGAGCAUCAUCAAGGAAGACACCGACUUCUACCAGUUUAUGGUGAACUCCAAUGAGAGCCUCUGUGCAGUCCAGAUAAAGGCCUUGGCCAAGAUCCAUGCCUACGUCAUAGACCCGACCCUUUCUGAGCCAAGACAAGCGGACAUUAGGAAGGAGUGUCUGAAAGUUUGGGGGGUCCCUGACAAAGCCAGAGUUGCUCCUGGUUCUUCAGACCCAAAAACCAAAUUCUAUGAACUGAUUAAGAAUUCAGAUGUGGAGUCGUUCCAGUGUAAGCUCACAUCUCUCAGCUCCACCACACUGGAGAAGUUGCGUCACGUCCUUGACCACAGGUGCAUUGUGGGAGGUGGAGAGCAGAUCUUUCUUCUGGCACUUGGGAAGUCUCAGAUAUACACAUGGGAUGGGAAGAUGCCCUUACGCUGGAGGAAGCUGGAAAAUUUCAAGCUGGAGCUGCCAAGAGAUACACUUAUGAGUGUGGAGAUUGUCCAAGAGCUGAAGGGCGAGGGCAAAGCUCAACGUAGAAUCAACGCAGUCCACGUAAUGGAUGUACUCAUACUGAAUGGCACUGAUGUAAGAGAUAAGCACUUCAACCAAAGGAUCCAGAUGGCUGAGAAGUUUGUGAAGGCCGUCGCCAAACCCAGCAGACCAGACAUGAACCCUAUCAGAGUGAAGGAGGUCUACAGGCUAGAAGAAAUGGAGAAAAUCUUUGUCAGACUAGAGAUGAAGGUGACGAAGAGUUCAGGAGGAGUUCCACGUCUGUCCUACACAGGCAGAGAUGAUCGACACUUCCUUCCCACGGGUCUUUACAUCAUUAAAACUGCCAAUGAGCCCUGGACGAUGGCUUACAGUAAAAACUCUAAGAUGAAGUUCUUCUAUAAUAAGACAACCAAGGAGUCCACCUAUGACAUGCCACCCAACGCUGCUGCCCCCUUCCAUGUUUGUCACUCGGAGCGCCUCUUCUGGGCCUGGGUGGACGGAGUGAUAGUCCACGAUUCUCAGACCAGGAUGGACCCCGAGAAACUGUCCAAAGAUGAAGUUUUGUCCUUCGUGCAUCAGUAUUACCAGCCCUGAAACACUCACAGAGCCCUGGAGCUUCUUCAGCUACAACCUGGUCACAGAAUGUACUAAUUUAUGGACGAUGCAGAGUCUGAGAAAUGGUUAUCAAAUAAAGCUUUAAUUGAUAUUUAUGUUGACAAUAAAAAAGGGAAUAUGAAAGACCAAAUAAAUAAAAUACUAACACAUAGAAUAUAGCUAGCGUGUAUAUUUAAUAUACUUUUUUAAUCCCUUUUCUUAUUGUGCAUUUAAAUAAUAAUUACUAUGCUGCUUUAUGAGCAUUUCUUUGAGAAUAAUUGCCAGGUUGUAGCUUGAGCUCUGGGGCUCAGAUGAUGAAUUGUUUGCUGCUGUUUCUAGCGGUGACAUUUGGACUUUUUUGACAAACCACUCUGUCUUUCUGCCUUUUCUUCACUGCCCUUGGCUCUAAGAAUUGUAAUGAAUAAAAUCCUCCUCAUAGGACAAUAUGGAGACACAAAGCUGCUGCAGUCUCUGCGUUCAAUUGCAUGUCCCCGUAGAUGAGAUUUUCACAGUCCCUCGUCCAUACAAUGCUUGUGAGUCUGCGUGUGCGUGUCUGCAUACAUCACGAGAGAUGCAUCCCAGAUCGAGUUGCAAAUGUUAAUCUAUGCAUCCAUAUCUGUAAACACGGUCUCGCUUUGCCUCGCUCUACAACUGCUCCUGUCUUUGUCUCCGUGGAGACCGGGAUCUGUUUGCUCAGGCUCUCGCGCCAACAGGCUGCUUGUUUUCACACCUGCUGAAGCCUAAAUACAACCAAGGUGUUAAUCAAACUGUUCCUCAGACUUGUUUCACAACAGUUACCAGAUGUAGCAGCUUUUUACUCUUUUACAUACCUGCUCUAUUGCCACGCAUGUGUGUCUGUGUGUGAGUUAAAUUUUGAAUGGUGUCCUCUUAGGUUUUUACGUUUGUUUCUACUCUUGACACCUCUUUGUGACUGUGCCUCAUAUCGCCUGGACUGUGUGUUUAAUAAAUAUCGCAAUUUAGUUUUUUGUUUUGUUUUCUUGUAAGGUUCGCUACCGAUCCCUUUGAUGUAAAUAAUAAUGUAGAAAAUAAAAAAUGGAAGACGCUCUUCGAGAAACAA